AUGACACGGAAAGUGGCUUUGAUUUUGAAAGACCAUACUCCACCAGAGACAUAUUGCAAACACGAGCAGAAGGACUCGGAAAGCAAGAUCCCUUCACCAAAACCGUUGGAUUUUCACAACAGGCCACCGGUGCAUCACCACAAGCAUAGUCAUGGACAUCGAGAUGCAGAUGAAGGUAGCGGUAAUGAUCAUGAAAAUGCAUUGGACAAGAAGUUGCAUUUACCUGCAAGUUUGCCAAUGUCUCACCACCACAGCAUGAUGUGCACCAUACCGGCAAGAGACAGUGACAAUGGUACUGUCUUUAACCACAAAUACAUGCGUGACCACACGUUUGUCCCUGACCACGACACAGAAGGAUAUAGGAGAACUUCCUUGGACGACACAGACACCCCGAACCAUCAGAGAAAGGGUUCUGUUCCAAUGAUUGGCUCCUUGGUUUACUAUAAGAGGAAAUCCAGAGACGCCGAGGAUGGAAAUGGUCCUCUUUACUCCAACACAGAAGACAUCAAAGAUACCAGCAAUAAUCCCGACACUACAACAACAUCGACUACUACUACGAAUAAUACAAUUACUACUACUACUAAUACCACUGUUACCAACACUAGUGAUAAUAUCAACAACUACAUUUUCCACCCAAUGGGCCAUGUCAGCUCAGAGGUUCUCUUGGAUUCCGACGUUUGUACUGAUGCAGAGAUUGAAACAGAAAUUGAAACAGACACCGACACCGACACCGACAGCAUUGUCCUCUCCCGAAGUGUCAAUAGUUAUCAUCGCCGCCCUUCUCCAGGAAACCUGAGAAGACACUUCUCCACUCCUACUGUCACCCAGGCCUUUGCACGCUCCCAGUACGACGAGUUUGGCAUGAUCAACUCCAGAAUCAGAUCCCAGCUCAACCCAAAGACAAAGAAAAUGAACAAGUUUCUCCACGACCAGACCCUCAAGAACCACCUGGUCACCUCAAACUACCACAUUCCCGGAUUCGACCCCGACCCAACCCCGCCAACGCCCUCUAUAAACACGUCUCCCCAAGACUCUAUAUCCCAGUCCAACAGUACGGACUCCAACAAUAACAAUGGGCACAGGCGCCAUAGUAGAAGAUUAACAUGUGCUAUGAUUUUCACCAGCCCAAAAGUGGUGGAACUUUAA